CAUUAAUGCGUAGAGGAAGGGGAGGAGGUGGACAGCUCUUCUUCUACGAUGUGCUGAGAGCUGCUGUUUCAUUUCACCACCGCCUCAGAGCAGCUCAGUCCUCCCUCUCUCUCUCUCUAUCCCUCUCUCUUUUAAGUGUUAUAUCUCGGAUUUUGAUGAAAAGUGCCAACAUUUUUCAAUCUUUUUGUACCCCCAGCCUCGCCGGGAAGACCACUCCACAGGGCGGCGGAGAGAGAAGUUUAAAGCCCAGCUGCUGCUGCUGCUGCUCAGGACACGGCGGAUCAGAGAUCGCACCAUCCCAUACAUCGCUAUAUUUAGUGUAAUUUUUAUUUUUUUGGGAAGUUAUCAUCGACUUCAGUGAAGUUUUUUAAAAAUAUCUGCCCCGAGAGGACAGCACAUCCGCCCCGGCAUCAUCAUGACUCGGAGAUCCUGUGCCAUUUACGCCACCGGUAUCGUGUGCGCUCACCUCCUGAUAGUGGGGAUCGCCCUGGUCGUGGCUCAAGUCUUCCAAACAAUGAUCCACAGCCGGUUAAAAAAGGAAAUUACUCUGACAGAGAAGAGUCAAGUGUUUGAAUCAUGGAAGAAUCCACCUCCGCCUGUUUACAUGGAGUAUUACUUCUUCAAUGUGACCAAUCCAGAGGUGUUCUUGGCAGGCGGGAAGGCAGCUUUGCAACAGAUCGGACCUUAUACUUACAGGGAAUACAGGCCGCGGGAGAACGUAACUUUCCUGGAGAACGGCACCAAGCUUUACGCCCUGAACCCCAAAACUUUUGUGUUCGUGCCCGAGAAGUCAGCCGGUAACCCCGAGGUCGACCUCAUCAGGACUGUCAACAUCCCAUUUGUGGCGAUCAUGAGCGAGCUGAAUUCCUACUCCUUCUUCCUGCGAACUUUGGUUUCAAUGUACGUGAACAGCCUGGGCGUGGACGUGUUCAUGACCCGUACUGUCCACGAGGUCCUGUGGGGCUUCAAGGACCCUCUUCUCACGAAGGUCCACUCCAUGAAGCCCGAGGUGGACGAGUAUUUUGGGCUGAUGUGGAAGAAAAACGGCACCCAUGAAGGAGAGUUUGUGUUCCACACCGGUGAGGAGAACUACUUGGAUUACGGCAAGAUCGACACUUGGAACGGCCUGAGGGAGAUGUCAUGGUGGUCUUCCAAUCAGAGCAACAUGAUCAACGGUACAGACGGCGCCGUCUUCCACCCUCUGAUAAACAGGAACGAGCUGCUCUACAUCUUCGCUGCUGAUCUCUGCAGGUCCAUCCAUUUAGGUUACGUUGAAGACGUGGAGGUGAAAGGCAUCCAGGCCUACCGCUUCGCUCCUCCUAGCGACGUGCUCAUGAACCCUAAAGACAACCCCACCAACGCAGGCUUCUGUGUGCCAGCUGGAGACUGUCUCGGCACCGGGGUGCUUAAAGUCAGCGUUUGUCGAGAAGGUGCUCCCAUCGUGGUGUCUUUCCCCCACUUUUAUCAAGCCGACCCCAAGUACAUCAACGCCGUCGAGGGGCUCAACCCCAACAAGGAGGAGCACGAGACGUACCUCGACCUGCAACCGACCACAGGAGUUCCCAUCCGUGCCUGCAAGAGAGCUCAGCUCAAUAUCAUCCUGAAAAGAAUCCAAGGCUUCCCCAAAACCAAGUUCAUCAACGAGACCAUUUUCCCCAUCAUGUUCGUCAACGAGACGGCGACCAUCGACGAUAAUUCUGCAUCCCAGAUGAGGACGCUGCUCCUUAUCGUGACUCUCGUGUCAAACUUCCCUUUGCUCAUCGUGGGCAUGGGCAUCAUCCUGCUGCUGGUGCUCGUCGUCUUGUUCUGCCGAAACCGCCAGAAGAAGAAUGAAGUAAAACGUAUUGAUUUUACUGAAGCUUUUCAUUCUUUUACUACGGUGAAGGACGACACGGCCUACAUUCAGGUCAGCGACAAACCCGACGAGCCGUCAGAAACGCCAGCUACCCAGCCAAUGAGGAACGGCUCCUACAUUGCCAUGUCUCCAGUGGAGGCGCAGAAGUGUUGAUCGAGGAUCCCCUCCCAAAGCGUGGAGCUCAGGAAGGGGGCUGAGGGAGCAGCACAGGGGUGUUACAUUACCAUGAGUGGGGGUUUGCAUACAUCGCAGGCUCAUUUUCACUUAUUCUACGGGGGUGGGGAGGAUUGGGAAAGGGGUGGGACACAAGCCCCGGUAAAUGUUUAGUCAACAAAGACAUUGCUCCUCUCACUGAGCCUUCUUAUGACUGUCUAUCCUCCUCUACUCUACCUGCUGAGCAUGGCCCUCACUGCCUGCCGUACUGCAACAACACAAACUCCCACACUCUCAUUCCUCGUUUCCGUCCUGGCCGGCCUUAAAAAAGAUGAAGGGACUCUCGGCCGGGACAAGCCUUUUUUCCGUAAUUCUUGUGAGGGAACACGGUAGCAUAGGUGUCGCUGUCGCACAUGGAUGCAUGAUCUUCCGAUUCUGCCGACGAAUACUGCUCAGAGUAUUCACCUGAACAACAGUGGGUGUUAUUACCAUCGUAUUCUUGCUCUUUUUUUUCCUCCUUCAAGCCAACAGAUUUUUUUGUUUUGUUCUUGUUUUUAAAAAGCCCCCCGUGACCUAAACCUUAGGACGAAACUCUGAGCGCUCAGAGGAUAAAAUGGUUUUUGUUAAUAAAACUGAACUUGGCAUAUCCUUUUUGUAAAAAAGAAAAAAAAGAAAGGAAAAAACACUGAGCCAAACUAUUUAUAGCAUUUUUGCCUUUUUUCCUAAGAUGAAUUAGUGCUCACACUUCCAGUAUCGGUUAGUGAAAGUGUGUGUGCACCUUUAUCUUUCACUUUAGUGUCCUGAUGAAAUAUGCAGGCACAGUGUAGUGACACCUGGAAUACUUGUGAUUUUUACCUACUUCCUCCUCCCCCUCCUUUCCAGAACACUAGUUAAAAUAUUCAGCGACCUUUUCCAAGUCAUCACUAGUGAAGGUGAUGACUUAGUUAGCUGUGAAAUUACUCAUAGCUUGAUAAAGUUGCACCUUUUGUUUAGGCUUCAUUACACAUUCAAAUCAAAAAAAGGAAAAACACCCACAGAACUUACAAGGGAGACUUGAACCUGCUUUCUGCCUUAUAAUGGUUCAGUGUGUUCUUUAUGUUCAUACAUUGUUGAAAUAAGCUGGAAAUCUCUUCUGUCGUUAUUGUACAUAUGUAAAAGGGGAAAUGUUGAGAUACCUCUGACCAAAAUCCAGCAAGCAGUCCUACUAGGUGUGCUGAAAGACACUAACUUUGCUCUGGUGUUGACCGCUCCUGCACGUCUACACUGUUACUUAUUAGAGAAAGCACAAUUUGGAUUGCUAAAACCAGUCCUCACACAAGGCUACCAGGUUUUUUGUCCUCUUAUUAUGAAAUAUAUUUACAGCUGAUCUGUCAAAGACACUGUUAAAGUGCCGUGACUAUUAAAUAGAGAAAAAAAAGUGGAAUCAUUGGGGGUUUUAGAGGGAGCCUUGUGCACCACUCGCCGCUGUGCAGUCAUUCAGUUUGCCAAGGAGCUGUAGGCAUUCAGGCAACAACGCGGCACACAGCACUUGAAUCACUGUUUGUCUUAUGUUUCAUGUGUUUUCAUUUUUCUGUCCGCCACACUUUGUCUCGUCACGUCAGCCGUAGUUGCUCAUGGGAAGUGAAUUUAAGGCCAUAAUACUGUCAACGUGGAAAAAGAUUCCCUGCACUUUGCCUGGAACAUGUGCCCUGUUUAUUUUCAUUGUUGUUGUUAUUUGUCCUGUUUAUUUCAAUGCAGGUGGUCCAUUUGUUCAAUACAUUUCAAUGGUUUGUCCUCGCUAGUAUUGGUUAUGAAGGAUGUGGAGAAACACACAUCCUUGCCUCUGUGUUACUUGCUUUUCAGCACAUGGAGUGUCUUCUUUUGAUAUACUUUUGUAUUUGUUAUUGCUGCUAAAAAAAAAAAAAAUGCCAUAACCUAUGGACUUGUAUUUGUACACGCGUGUACACGACGUGCUCGUAUUCUGCUUCAGGUCGACCCACAGAGACUUUCUGUGUCGCCAACCCAUUUUUUAACACCCGAGCACAAGAUACAAAGCCCAAAGCUUGCUGCCAUUUAUUGAAAUUAGCAGUUACAGUUAUCACUAGCAACACUUUUGUAAAAUUAUCACACUUAAUCACUCAUUCGUCUUAUUAGCAGGUGAUCAUAUCACAUGUAUCUUUGACGUUUAGUAUAGGAGGUGUAAACUUAACAAUUCUCUGGAGGCGGACCUAAAAAAGGGCGAGCCGCUUCACUUGAGCUCGGUGUCUGAUCGAAGUCUGAUUCUGGGAUUAUUAACACUGUGGUGGAAAGUUUUCCUUUAAGGUUAAAUCAAGUCACUAAAGGCCUUUUUUAUUCCACCUACAUGCAAGCGACCGCCGCCUUGUGCAAACUCAUAGUCCAUUGAUAUCCACCUUUUAAAAACUUGAACCUUAGAGACCUUAAUCCCCUGGGUCGUGUGUGUGUGUGUUGCCUGUACAGCGUCUGUUCAAACACACACCUGAGCCAUCACUCCUCCACUGUCUGACUUCUACUACACCGACCUUUGACUCCAAUCCUUCAAGCCUAUUGGCUCAUCCCUGCUCGACCAAAGAUAACCCACAUAGAUCUGCCCCAGCACCGUGUUUACUCUCCUCUGUGAUAACGGUUGUGCCACAAAACCACCGCCUACCUUUUUUUUUUUUCUUUUUUUUUUUUUUCCCAAAUUGUGCCACCACUUAUGUGAAGUAUUUUGCAACAGUGUUGUGUGAGCGUGAACACAUGUAUGUGCCUUUUUACAUCAAGGCAAGAAAAAAAAGAAGAAUUUUCACAUGUUAGUUUGAUGGGUAUUGCUUUUUUUGUCACCUGGUGCAAGAGCAGACAAAAGUAAUCAAUGCUCUUUGUGAGCAGAUCUCAGUAUUAUGUAAGACAAAGCAAUACAGAGUUAUGUAAAAUAAAUUGUUUUGUAAGGGGCCACACGAUAUUUAUGUAACUUUUGUUUUGUUUUCUUUCCCCUGAAUUUGUGAUUUUUGUUAGUUGUAUAGAAGUAUUUCUUUUUUUUCUGUAGCGUGAUUUCGUUUUUAUUUUUUUUUGUAAGAUUCAACAUUUCAUUUUUGAUCAUUUCAAUUUUUUUCACACUGAAAAAUACAAAAAAGUGCAAAAAAGAUGGACCAGUAUGUGACUGGGAGCUGUCAAGAGACCUGUGAAAUGUCUGUAAGAGUGUUCAUGAAUGGUUUAAGAAAUUUGGGUGUUUGAGAUACUUUUGUGAGUAAAUUUGUGUUUGUGGAGCCGUUGCACCAUUUCUGUCAAACUGGAGUGAUUUUUUUACUGGAAGGCUGAUUAUCUUGAUGACUGAGUAAAGUAAAGCUUUGAUGCUGUGUAAUCUAUCUAGAUGAAUGACGCCCUCCUUCAGGGAUGAGCACUAGUGCCAUACCAUCCUUUAUUAUUAUUAUUUUCCUUAAUUUGCUCUUUGGUGUAACAACCGCAUCUCCCCAUUUCGAUGUUCUGAAGCCACUAACAGACGUUUCCUCUUGAGAUAUACUAAUUUGUUUUGCUGCUGAAAAUGACAAUCCUUCUUGUCAUGUGAGGUGCAAAAUGAAUUUGAAGUAAUAUCCAAUUUUUAGUUUUGAUAAUUUACACUGCACAGAUGUUUCUACAGUGCUUUUGUAAACAUUUAUAGUGUAUUUGCAAAAAAAUAAAAGUUGCAGUCAAGUGCAAAGAUCACA